CCAUUAUUGACUUGGAAAAGGGACUACUUAUACCUGUGUCACGGGGAGAUAUUCCGCCUAUUGCAAUCCCUCCAGUACCACCAACUAGAUUGCAAACACAGUUUGGAGAUGGAUAUUUUGGUUUGUUAUGAUGUGUCUAAAGAGUGCUUGCGUUGGGUUGAACAUACCAACCAAUGGAUGGCUUUUGCCUCGUUGAAGGAGGUCCACAUAUCAGGAUCCAUGGACGUGGUUGGAGGGAAGGCAAUGGUGAUUGGAGGAACUUACGGGGAAAAUCGGAACCAUGGGGUGAUGGAGAUCUAUGACCCGAUUGGGCGCCAAUGGAUUACAGGGCCUACCCUUUUACCUGUUCGUAGAGUACACAGCACGGUAGUACUCAAUCAGACCGCCUUGGUAGUCAUUGGCGGCUACAACUCCAACCACAUGAUCAAAUCUGUAAAAAUUCUGGAUUCUAUUGCGAUGACUUGGGACGAUCUCGAUGAUCUUCCAGUGGCAGCAUAUAACAUGGCGUGUGGUGUGGUCAACAACACAACCUUGUUAUGCGUUGGUGGGGCAUCUCCAGGUGCAAUUGUGAACACUGCCUAUGGCUUGGACAUGGACGCAGCUAAUCCCAAAUGGACGAGGAGGGCAAUGUAUGAUAUUGAUGAACCCGGCUUAGUGGGAUUUAUGUUCCAUUUGAGAGACUACGUUUAUUGCGUGACUCUACGGACAACUGGGUUUGAGGGAUUGACAAAGCUACGAAGAAUGAGUUUGACGGAUGCUAGUCCCAAAUGGGAAGUGAUGGAACACUUUUCAGUUCCGAGAGCUUUUGUGGCGUCUUAUGUAACAAAUGGAUAUGUCAUUCAGCCUUGAAAAUUGGGGCAAAAUAGAUAGCAAAUCCAUGUUUGAUUCAUUGCAACAUUUGAGUCUGAUCAUGGGCCAAAGUAAGUAUCAGGUCAAAUGAA